GAUCUAACGUACUUCCUUUUCACGUGCCUGUGGGUUAAAUGUGUCUUGGAGGGAUCAUUCGAGUCACUUUUAAUCUUUGAUUCGAGCUGUAAAAUGUUUAAAAUCGAGGGACUCGGGCCGAAAAUGGACCCGGACGAGAUGAAGAAGAAAAUGCGAGAGGACGUCGUUACGUCUGUUCGCAACUUUUUGAUUUAUGUUGCGCUUCUUCGAGUCACACCUUAUGUUUUGAAAAAGCUGGAUAGCAUAUGAAACUUCACCAUGGACAGAUACAUUCCCUGUACAGAUGAGCAUGCAGUGCCUGUAUGAUGAUGCUGCACAGAGCCACUUACCACGCCAGUGAAUGAAGAGAUGGUGUUACAUUGUGUCAGCCUGUAUUUAUUUUAAUUUUUUUACUGGAUGCAUCUGAAUGUCCUUUUUUCCCUGGCCAUUCUCCAUUUGAAUCAAAAGUUGUCAACUAGAAUGUAAUGUUCAUGAUGGUCUAAGGCAAUAAAUCUUUCAUCAGUUAUGCCCA